UCUUGGUUUAAUUUCUGUUCGGUGUUGAAGCGGAUCGUCGCGGGGAGACGGGGGAAGGAUCGCUGUCUGCGAGGCAAAUGCAUCAAGUUCCCAUCGUUAGACUUGUGGUGAGAGGUUUAUUAGAAGAAACGCCCAUACGGGAAAAAAAACGCAACUGAAGACGAGGGAACAGCAACAAGUGGACCAGUCCGAAGACUGAGAGCAUCGACUGGAGAGGACCCUUCUGACUCCGAGAUACCAUUGAUUCAGCCAGGAGAAAGUUUGAGCAACAGAAACUGAUCACAUCUGUCCUCAAAAUGGGCCAAGGUAGAAGCAGAGGAAAAGCUCCAGUGACGUCAGCAUCAGGAAAGGACACAGACCUCAGAGUAAUCACCGAGCUCCUGGCAAUCUGUGACGAUUUCCAGCUGUUGCAGCUGACGGUCUUCUACCGGGACAGGCUGGAGCAGGCGAUGGAAGGAGGGGUGCACGGAGUGAGCCUGGCGUUAACGGCCAAGAAUCAGUUCAGUGGAGAGGAACAUCGGAAAAUCUCUGAUCUCGCUGAUAAGGGAGAGCGGGCGGACAGUUCUAAACUCCUCCUGAGCCUGGUGAUGGAGAAAGGCUCCCGCGCCCGGAGGGUGAUGUGGGAAACCUUUGUGAAAAUGCGGAUUGGUGUCCCAAAGCUGGACAGAAUACUGAAGGAAAUACAGAUGUAUGGUCCGGGCUCAGUGAUCACCGAGCUCCUGGCAAGCUGGGACGAUUUCCAGCUGCUGCAGCUGACGGACUUCUACCAGGACAGGCUGGAGCAGGCGAUGGAAGGAGGGGUGCACGGAGUGAGCCUGGCUUUAACGGCCGAGAAUCAGUUCAGUGGAGAGGAACAUCGGAAAAUCUCUGAUCUCGCUGAUAAGGGAGAGCGGGCGGACAGUUCUGAACUCCUCCUGAGCCUGGUAAUGGUGAAAGGCUCCCGCGCCCGGAGGGUGAUGUGGGAAACAUUUGUGAAAAUGCGGAUUGGUGUCCCAAAGUUGGACAAGAUACUGAAGGAAUUACAGAUAUAUGGUUGUGAUCCUUCCCAUCGACCAAUUCCUGCUCAACCUUUACUAAAGAUUCUCAGUGAGCUGAAAGAUGCUCAACAGAAACACAAAGAGACUCUGCGGGCAGAUACGGAAAAACUCAGAGUGGACACAAUCCUGAUGAAGGAGAAGGUGAAGGUUUUCCAGUUGGUUGAUCGAUACGCUGAGCUCACGGUCAUUUCUACAGUUCGAGAUCGGAGACUGGUGGAACAUGAGCUGCUGGCAAGAGGCAAAGACCACGAGGAGUGGAGAAAGAAACAGCUCCGUGGACACCUGGAAAAAUUCCGGACGGAACAGCUGUUCCAGAGCAGCUUUUCUUGGAGUAUAUCCAAAUCUGGGAGUUCGGCAGCAGUG